UUAUUUUUUGACGACUGUCAAGGGACCCAAAAGGUUUCGAAUAAAAUAUCUGCUACGUGUAAAAUAAAUUUAAGGGAGUAAUUAUAUUAAAUCUAAGGAUGUGGAGCAUACGACCAGUACUGAACACCAUCCGGCGUUCUAGAGUAGUCGGUCGUCGCUACUGCUUCCACGAUACUCUGGACCAGUUGACUGGAAUAGAGAAGCGAGAACUACUGGCGCAUCUUGCCGGUGACUGUGACCCUUUCAGAAUGCUGGCUAUUAAAAAAGGUCCAGGCACGUGGCAGUGUCCAAAUUUGAUACCGAGCGCGAAUGACAAAAGGUUGGUGUGCUGCCUAUGCGACCCCAACGAUAUGCACGUGAAGUUCAUGUGGCUGCACAAGAACCAACCAAAACGUUGCUACUGUGGAUUUUGGUUUAUGCUUUGCCCUGUUGCGCCUUUAUAGCUUUUUACAUUAGCCCUGCAUAAAUUAGGACACGCGUAUCAUUGUUGCUACUUAAACUUACACAUGAGCCAUUCCAUUUUACGAUUCAAGGACUUCAGUGCACAAUGGUACUAGUCCGCUACCGAAACCGACGCAGCAAAACCAUGUACCUAUAUGCGACGUUGCCAAUUUUCCAUCACACAGCACGUUGCCGUUGCCGCACCUUCAGUAUUUGUUUCGUUAUUCUGUGGUCGUAUUUAUUUUACUUAAUUUUUAUUUAACUAAGUCGAUUUAAAUAUAAUGUAGAAGCUCAACUACGAGACGUUCAUGCGUAUAGUAUAGGAGAGACUCUACUAAUGGGUCAAAACUUUAGAAUCGUUAGAAAACACACGUAAAGCUGCGAGAUGUGAAUGCGAGUUCAAAUUUACAUUUAAUAUUAUGUCAAAUCGGUAAUUUAUUGAUGUAGGUAUAAUAAAAACAGAACAUUGCUGCAAACUCAAACAGUGGCGAUGUAGACGGUACCUGUCUACAAGAAACCGAAGUACUGAUAUUCGUAAGAACUGUAUUGUCACUAUUAUUGGUAGAAUGGGGCCUAACAUCAGUUGGACCAUAGUUGACCAUCUCCUCGUGCCGUCAUUUGUUCUCAUUUAAAGAAGCUUCCAUUAAAAUAUCAAUCUGCAGGGCAAAAAUCUGCUGAUUUUGUUAAAAUCUGUGGAUUAUUCAUCAGUUUGUAAUGUACGCGUGUCUUUAGGUUUGAUCUCGAUGUGUGUGUGUGAUUAUGCUAUUGUUUAUAACCAGAGUGCGGUAAAAUGGAAUUUUAAAUUCAUAUAUUAAAUAUAUAUAAUAUUAUAAUAAAUA